CUGAUGCUUCUAAACCCUAAAUACACAAGAGCCUUCUUAUUUCCGAUUUGCGCGUUUUGUUUCUUCUCAUUCUCAGUUCUCAACGGGAAAGCAACGGCGCCGUUUACCUGAGGCUUCUCUUCUCCGUUGUCACUAUGGUGAGGGUCAGUGUCUUGAACGAUGCUCUCAAGAGCAUGUACAAUGCUGAGAAAAGGGGAAAGCGCCAAGUCAUGAUUAGGCCAUCCUCCAAAGUCAUUAUCAAGUUCCUUUUGGUGAUGCAGAAGCAUGGUUACAUUGGAGAGUUUGAGUAUGUUGAUGACCACAGGGCUGGAAAAAUUGUGGUUGAAUUGAACGGUAGAUUGAAUAAGUGUGGGGUUAUUAGUCCCCGUUUUGAUGUGGGUGUCAAAGAAGUAGAAGGUUGGACUGCUAGGCUUCUACCCUCAAGACAGUUUGGGUAUAUUGUAUUGACUACCUCUGCUGGCAUCAUGGAUCAUGAAGAGGCUAGGAGAAAGAAUGUUGGUGGUAAGGUCCUAGGAUUCUUCUACUAGGCUAGUUUUUGAUUGAGGAUUGCAGUGAUUUCAAUUUUGAGAUUCACUGGUUGUUAUGGAGGAUGCGCUUGUGCCCGAGUGAUAUCGACCAUAGCAGGAGUUAUUUUGUUACGUGCUUUAUUUUGUUUGCAAAACCAAGUUGGUAACUAUAAUUUAUCUUAUGUCUUUAUCAUUAUUUUUCUUAUACCAAAAUGUACCGGUGGAUUUGUUUUAACCGGUAAGAACUUUGAUUAGAAAGUCUGAGCAUUAGCGAUGCUCGAAUUGGAGUGGUCCAGUGAUAUUGCAUUGACUAGAUUGAAUUCUUAAAUUAGUGGUUUUCGAUUUUCAGAAAAAUUUCAUAUUU